AUGGUACGACCAAAGAAAGAGAUCAAGAUGGUACGUCCAGUACUUGUGUUUGCUCUCCUCUUUGUUGCCAUUGUUGGGGUUACAUCACAAGAAGAAGAUGAAGCACCAUCAAGUUCACCACCUUCCCCUCCAUCCUUGUCGCCGUCGGAAGCCCCCACCGAAAGCGAAAGCGACAGCGACGCUUCCUCCCCAUCCCCUUCUGGCAGUCACAAUUCAUCUCCGCCUUCCCCCGAAGACCACAGCGAUGGUGAUGGUGCCUCUGCCCCAGAAAGCAGCGACUCCGCUGAUUCCCCUGAAGGCGAAGCCGAAGGACCAGAUACAGAUUUAGGAAGCGAAGAAGAUUAUCCCACUGAUGAUCUCUCCAGGCUCAUCCAAAGCUAG